AUGGGACGCAAAUCUCGACGAUCGCGGUCAGUGUACGAUCCAGCCAUCGAACAGGAAGUAACUUUCGCUCAAUCUUCGGACGCCUUAGCAAUCACUGAUCCUUUAACGCUUGAGGCACAAGAUGAAUUAAACUAUUUGGAAGAAAUUAUCGACCCAAAUUCUGAACAGAGAGACUUCCAACGACGGCGGAGGUAUCAAAUUUUGGUUCCAAUGAUCUUUGCAGCCGUUUUGAUAGUUGCCGCGACCGCGAGAUUGGGGAAUAAGCGAUCCGAUGAAUCUUCCUCUUCCGUGCGGAGCUAUCCUUCGCAGACCGUGCUACCUGCACCACCGAGUGACAUCGAUACCAAAUGCAGCGUCGCAGGUGUUGCAUCAGCUCUGGGGAGAACCGCUUGUGAAAUGAUUUGCGAAGCCGCUGACUGCUGUGGAUUCCAAAGUUCUCUGCCAUUGUCCUGUCUUUCAUCGAACCAAGCAUAUUGUACGGAAUAUCUCAGCUCUUGUUCUGUACUGGAUGAGGAACCGACCAAAAACGAGGUUGGGCAGGGAGUAUCAGGGGACGAAGACAGUGUUGACCAAAGUCCUUCGGCCAAUCCUGAAACUACUUCUCCUACCCAGUCAUCCGUCGAACUUAAUCCAGGUCAAGGUGCAACAUAUUCCCCUUCGGUUGACCUAGUGCUUCAAGUUCAAGUCGACGAGGUGUGUGCAUUGGACGAUAUGGGUGACAUCAUAGAGUGUACCGAAAUUUGCAGUCCCGCCCUUUGCUGCUAUUUGCCGUUCAAGGCUGAAGCUCGAUGCAAAGAGGAACCACUGAACAUGAACUGCGAGACUUAUCGAGGUUGCAAUGCUCUCUAGUGUUCUCUAUCCGAGGCUUAGUUGCAUUGCUUCUUUCUUUAAAAUUGUGCUGUUUCUCUGUGAACGCUCUGCACAGCCAGCACCAACAAGUACGACCGGAGCGGUCGUUUUCGUCCGGGUCGCCAAAAAAAUCGUUCUCGUCGUGAGAGGCUAGAGGGAGCUACUCAUCUCGAAAGAAAAAUCUGACAGUGAAGGCGACUUUCA